AUGUCAAAUCAAUCGCCAUCCAAAUCAGACGUGACAAAUUGUUCAGCAACAGACAACAGUGAUCUUGUUGAUUCAGAAUCAAUUAAAGAUUUUGAAUGGACUGUAGGUCUUCAGAAGUGUCUGUUAAUAAAUAUGAGACGUUUGAAGCCUUGUGGAAUUAACAAACACUUAAGUAUAUUUCUUUUAAAAGAAAAACUAAAAAAACAAUACAAUAUUGAUCUACCAAAUGGGGUUAUAUGGGAUUAUUUGGCAACUAAAUGGGAUCUUAAUGCUGCUGAUAUUAUAGAACAUAUCAGUUUUGAUACUAGUAUGAAAGAUUUUAUCUUACCAGAAGAAUUUGACCAGUUAAUUGCUGAAGAAGGAGAAAAAAUUAAAAAACUGGAAAAAAAAAGUCUAAAUGAUGAAGUUAAUAAGAAAAAAUCAUUAAAUUGGAGUGGUAAAACAAGAUCUAAGUCUAAUUCUAUGUCUUCUGUAGACUCAAAGGAAGGUCUCAAUGAGACGAUUCCUUCAACAUUAGAUAGCUCUUCAGUUAAAACAAGCGAAGAGCGUUCUGAUGAUGGUCCAUGUACUAGAAGAUCAUUGCGCACAAAUGACAAACUAGAAAAUAGUAAAUCUGAUGAAAAAAAUAAGUUAAAAGACUUGAAACAACUAAAUAAAAUGAUAUCAAAUCAGUCUAAAGAUAUAGAGAAGAUUGAGACAAUAUCAAGUUUUAGAGGUCGAAAAAGAAAAAGUAGAAAUGUAUCAGAAUCAAGUUUUAGUUCUGAUAAUAGUAAACAGUGUAAGAAUUAUAAAUAUAAUUUUACAGAUUUAACUAUUUCAGAUAGUUCGUCUAGGUCAGUAACUCCAGAAAUGUUGAGAGGUAGAACAUCAAACCGUUCUGUUACACCUGAAACUAUUAGUAGAAAAUCAAACUUGCGCUCUAGUGAUGAAGACCAGAAAUCAAAACUUGCAUUAGAAAAAGCAUGUCUAAAAUUUGGUCAUAACGUUGAUCUGAUUUUACCAGAAGUAAAAAUUGAACGUCUAAAAAAUGAAAAGCAAUUUUCAUCUUCAAUAGAAACAAAGUCCAAAAAUUUGAUACAGAAUAAAAAUGAAGCAAAUAACAAACUUAAAGGUAAAAUACGUAAUAGAGUAACAUCUGAUCUAUUAGUUGUUCAACAAUCUCCAGAAAUACAAUCAUUAGGAAGACGCUCUUGUAGUAACAAAAAUUCAUAAAAUUUAAAAAAGAACAAAUUAAUUCCAUAUGAUUGACGUUUUUAUUAAAUUGUACAUAUAAAUUUAAUUAUAAUUGUUUGAUGUAAUUAACAUUAAUAUCACUAAUAUAAUUUUGUAGUUAUGUAUAGUAUUAACUAUAAAUGUGAAUUUCCUAAUAAAAGCACAAUGUAAAAGAAAAAAAUGUA